UAUUAUUUGUUUUAUGAUGUUUUUAUCCAAGUAAAAAUUAAAAAAAAUGUUUUUAAAAUGAGCACAACAGUCAGCAAGACACACGUAUCAGAAGAAGUAAGAAGUUCAUAUCCAAUGGUUACGAGAUUAAUUGAAGAAGUGCGAAAACGACCGCAAUUAUGGAACCCCAACCAUUACCUACAUCAUACUCGGCCACUAAUCGGAGACAACUGGGAAGAAAUCGCGAAUGUUAUUGGAAAUCCAAGCAAAUUAUUCACCAAUUCCCGAUUGCUUUCUAUGAGUAAUGCAAGUCUCACUCCGUCAAAUCUGGUCAAAACAAAAUGGAAAGGACUAAGAGACAAUUUUCGUAAAGAGGUGAAAAAGUGUCUGCGCUUGGGUAAUGCUUAUAUACCAUGGAUACACUUCAGAGCUUGCAGUUUUUUGUGGAGUGUUUUAGAUACAAGUCAACUAGAAGCAACACCAGAACAAAUCGAAGAACUUAAAAAGCAGUAUGGCGGUGACCAAGUUGUUGAUUUGGAUGGCUUUGAGCAAACAAACUAUCAUCUUAGUUCAAGAGUGACUAAUGACAAUGAUGAUUCAAUGGACUUUCAUGAUUAUAUUUUUGCAGAUGAGGUUCCAGUUAAAGAACUACUCAAACAGGAACAGGCUAGCCAAUUGCAGGCUGGUUACGACCCACAUUUACUUGAAGAGGGAGAAAUUGUGUCUGCCGAUCCGAAUGACGAGGAGGACAUACAAAUAAUUGAACCUAUAAUCGAACAAGUAGAAGUUCCUGAUGAUGACGAAGAUGUCAAUGAAAACCUUAGCAGAACAAGGGAGCCUCCUCCUCUCAGAUUACCAUCACUCAAAAUAACAGAACCUCGUACAAUAAAGAAAGCACCGUUAAAAAAAAUUGUACCACUUCGAAUUUUAAAGAAAGUACCUACGUUGCCAAAACUCACACCUAUUAUAAAAACUAAAAUAACCGAAACAUCAACAAAAGAAAGUGAACAACAGAUAGUGACGCAUACAUCAAGUACGACACCACAGAAAAAUGACUCUGACUUACAUUUCUUGAAAAGUAUUUAUCCUUAUUUAAAGCAAAUUAACUCAAAACGAAAAUUGCACAUUAAGGGGAAAAUAAGACAAAUGCUUCUGGAUGAGAUGAAACAGAAUAGCUCUCGAAAAGAAAACAUAAGUGAAAACUCGACUGUAAUGAAAGUUGUGAGCAAUGGAAAGGUUAUCGUAAAGGAGGAAACAGAACUGAAUAUUUAGAGGUGUUUUUAACAUUCCACAUGGGUUGUGACAAAAAUGAUCUCUAGAAGAUAGUAUCAGAGAUCUUCAAAUGUGUGAUCAAAUCGUGAAAAAUAACUUAUGUAUUACUAAUUAACUUUACAAAUAAAAUCAGGUUAUUUAACAAACAAA